AUGCUGCGGGAUUCCUCCUACGCAGCAGUUUUCGCAGUAGCGGCGUCGCUGCUGCUGCUGCUGCCACUACUACUGCUGCAGGGCCUGCAGGAUGCCUCCGCUAUGCGCGUUUGCCGCAGCGGCUAUCGGGGGGCCCUAAGGCCUGGGCCCCCCCUCUCGCUGGGGUUUCUCGUGGUAUUCCCACCUUCCGGUGUAUCCCCAGUCCACAGUCGUCGCCAGCAGCUGCCUAACCCCCUCAAGACGGUAGCUCGUUUCGGAGCAACUGCGGGGAGUUCCGCAAUCUCGAGCGAGGAAGGGCCCCCCGGGGGGGGGCCCCAGGGGGCCUUGUCGGAGCGGCUGGACAGUGCGGCGAAUGCGCGCCUCAGGAAAGCCAUAUCCGCAGCAGAAAAAGAACAAGAUCCAAUCGUGUGCAUCAGCGCGAAGGAUCAGGAUGCAGAAACAGCAGCAGCUGCUGCUGCCUCCGGGCGCCUGACAGGAACUCCAGACUCGCUCGCAGAGGCUGCUCGGACCUUCCACCUCGGAGGGCCUCUAGUGAAGGGCCCCUUGGCAGGAAGGGGCCCCCUCGGGGGCCCCCAGGAGCAGCCAAAGAUGAGGCCUGGGGGCCCCCUGGAGGCGCUUGCGCUGACUAUGCAGGGAGGUCUUGAGAGGGGAGGCGUCUGGCUGCGGCGAUGGCCUAGAGACGAGGAGAGGGUUCUUCCCAUCCUUCUCUCAAGAUUGGAAGAAAAUGCUGCUGUUACCCUUGGACAGAAGACAGUAAUUCAGCUGCCCGAGGCGCAGCGCAUGAGUUUUGUUGAAAGCAUACGCUCCGUGAGGGCCGCAGCAAUCGUGUUAGGGUAUGCCGAUACAGAGGAGGACGCGGUGGAAGCAGCAACAGCAGCGGGUGCAGCGAAAGCAGAGGGAGCAGGAGGAACGCCAGCGGAAAAUAUUGUCUUGGUGGGGUUCGCUGCCGUUGCUGAGCCUAUCGAUGUACAGUUCCUUGACUCGAGCGGGGAGGUCGGUCUGAGGAUUGUGGGGAGAAUUAAAGUCCUCGGGGUGCAGGAGGCGGACGAAAAGGGCUUUAAAGUGCGGGCGGUGCCGUGGUGGGAUGAGCCGAAAGACUUUGAAAAUCCUUCAGGAGUGCGCGAGACGCUGGGGGCGCUGCAUUCCCUCUACGAUCGCUGCAACAAGCUAGAACUCAAAUACAGGCAGCUGCAAGGGCGCUUCAAUCAGGCCCAUUUAGUGUCGCUCCGCCCCUCGCUGGGCUCAACAGUGUCUGAGCACCUCGCGGAUUUGGAGUCACCCUCAGAGCAGCAGAUUGCCGAGGUCGUCUCGUUCUGUGCGUUGGAUCACCAUCUGGAUGCUCGAACCCGGUGUUGGGCUAACUCUCAACAAGACACGGAGGUGCGCCUCGAUUUGGUGCGUCGCGCACUGGAGGCCAAAGUGGCGAAGCUGCAAGCCGAGAUUAAAGGCCUCAGAGCCAUGCAGCAAAUCCCCGGAGCGGCUGCUGCCGCCAGUGAAGGGGGGCCUCCUCUGCACCCAGCAGCGCCGCUUGGCAUACACCGGGAAGAUCCUGAGGAUAUUUAUGCCGGACCACCAGCCACCUAUGGCUAG